CUCCCGCGCACGAGCACCAAGGCUCAGGAGAGGAAGCUGCGGGCCCCAGAGGGUUGGGCGUGCGUGGACCUGGGGGUUUCGCGCUGUAGUGGCGGGUGGAGGAGGAAGCGGCUUUGUCGCCUGACCUGGCGUGAAUCCGGCUCUGAUUUUAUGCGCGUGAUGAGAACCGGAACGUCCCAGCGCUUGUUACCCAGUGGAACUUAAUUUUCUCAUGUCGGUGGUGAAGGGUCGUCCGAGGCCUGGCUGUACUCUCACAAUUCUCUACACUGUUCCAGGACCAGAAGAAAAUGAUCACAUCCCAGGGAUCGUUGUCAUUCAGGGAUGUGACUGUGGGCUUCACCCAGGAGGAGUGGCAGCACCUGGACCCUGCUCAGAGGACCUUGUACAGGGACGUGAUGCUGGAGAACUACAGCCACCUCAUCUCGGUGGAGGCCCUGAAACUCACCGUUUGUCCCAAGUCAUACAGUUCUCAUCCACAGGAUAUUGCACUCCUAAACCAGAAGUCAUCCUCAAAUUGGAGCAAGGAGAGGAGCCAUGGAUAUUAGAGGAGGAGUUCCCAAGCCAGAGUGACCCAGAAUUAAUUAAUAGCAGUAGAAACUAUUCAAGAAAGAAGUUCAGUGUGUUUAACAAAGGUAGAAAAUGGCCCCAUGAUGAUAAGCAUGAAAGAAUUCAUUCUGAAGAGAAACCUUAUGAAUAUAAUAAAAAUGGGAAUGGCCUCUGUCUCAAUGAAGACUUUGUUCAGCAUCAGAAUAUUCAAGUUUUGGAGCAACCUUUUGAAUACAGUGAAUGUGAGGAAGUUUUCCAUGAGAAUUCACUCUUUGUUGUACAUAAGAAAGCUUACACAGGACAGAACACUUGUGAAUACACUGAAUAUGGGAAAACUUUCUGUGAUUUGUCAUCUCUCAUUGCCCAUCAGAGAACAUAUCCAAGAGAGAAUCACUGUGAAUUUAAUGAAUGUGAAGAAAAUUUCUUUGAGGAAUCCAUUCUCUUUGAACAUCGGAGUGUUCACCCUUUCAGCGAGAAGUCAAACCUCAUUCCAGUUCAGAGAACCCACUCAGUUGACAAUAUAAUUGACUAUAAUGAAUGUGGAACCUUUUUUGGUGAAAAGUUAGUCUUUGGUGUACAGCAGAGAACACCCACAGGAGAAAAGCCCUAUGAAUGUCAUGAAUGUGGAAAAACCUUCAACCAGAAGUCAGCCCACACAAGACAUCAGAAAACACACACAGGGGAAAAGUCCUGUGAAUGUCGUGAAUGUGGAAAAACUUUCUACAAGAAUUCGGACCUCAUUAAACAUCAGAGAAUUCAUACAGGGGAGAAACCUUAUGAAUGUCAGGAAUGUGGGAAAUCCUUCAGUGAAAAGUCAACCCUCACUCAACAUCAGAGAACACACACAGGGGAGAAACCAUAUGAAUGUCAUGAAUGUGGAAAAGCUUUCUCAUUUAAGUCAGUCCUUACUGUACAUCAGAAAACACACACAGGGGAGAAGCCCUAUGAAUGCUAUGAAUGUGGGAAAGCCUUUCUCAGAAAAUCAGACCUUAUUAAACAUCAAAGAACUCACACAGGGGAAAAACCUUAUGAAUGUACUGAAUGUGGAAAAUCCUUCUCUGAGAAGUCAACCCUCACUAAACAUCUGAGAACUCAUACAGGUGAGAAACCCUAUGAAUGUAUUGAAUGUGGAAAAUUUUUCUGCUAUUACUCGGGUUUCAUAGAACAUCAGAGAAGGCACACAGGGGAGAAACCUUUUGGAUGUAAAGAAUGUGGGAAAAACUUCCGUCAGAAGUCAGCCCUAAUUGUUCAUCAGAGAACUCACAUAAGACAUAAACCCUAUGAAUGUAAUGAAUGUGGAAAAUCAUUCUGUGUGAAGUCAAAACUCAUUGCACAUCAUAGAACACACACAGGGGAGAAACCCUAUGAAUGUAAUGUUUGUGGAAAAUCAUUCUAUGUGAAGUCAAAACUCACUGUUCAUCAGAGAACACAUUUGGAGAGAAACUCUGUAAAUGUAAUAAAUGAAGGAAAUCAUUCUGGGUGAAGUCAAGAGUUUAUAGAACGAAAAACACAAAAGGGGAGAAACAUCUGUUCAUAUAAUAAUUUUGAGAGUACUUUUGGUCUAAAGUCAGUUCUCACAGUAUAGCAGAUAUCUUUCAGAGGGGAGAAAAUAAUAUGGAGAUAUUGAAUAUAGGAAAAUUUUCUACUGGAAUUUAAACCAUAUAGUAUAUCGGAAAACUCAGAGUGGAGGAAACUUGUUAGCAAUUGAAUAUAGGGAACUUUUUGCUCAAAGCCACGCAUCACUAAACAUCAGCGAAAUCACACAGGGUAGAAACCUCUGUCAGGAACGUGACAGGGUAGGGUAGAGAAGACUUCAUCCAAAGGCCAGAGAAAAUGCACAGACUAUAGGAAACUAUAGGAAAGCAUUUACUAUUGAGGUGAUAUUUUACUGGACUUAUGUGAAAUGCUUGAAGUAGCAUCUCAGUAGACAUCAGAUAGUAGUUAUUGGAGAAAAUACUUUUAACUUUUUAAAAAGUGUGGAAGCUUUAAGUUAAAAUGUCAGAUUUUGAAUUGAAGGGUAUCUAGCAAUUUAGGAAAUGUGGAGAAUGUUUUUCAUUUAUAAAUAGCAUUUUACUUUGUUAAAACACAAUAUGGCUCCCUGCUGGGUCUGCUGUUCCUGUCUAAGAUAUUAGGUGUGAAAACACACCACACUGGAACCAGUGGUUGCAAGCAGUUCAAAGAUUUAUUAUCAGGCAUAUGCAAAAGAAGAGAAGACAUUUAGCAAGAGAACCUGCCAACAGGAAAACUUUAUGAUAUCCAGAUGGAAAGAGAGAUAUCCUGGUCUGGUGACAUACAUAGGACAGGAGCCUGCCAGCAGGACUUUUGAAUAAUUCUGGAGCAGACUAAUUUUGAGGGGCCUGUCAUGGAAUGGUAUAUCAAAGGGGCAAGGUGGGUUGCCUUGUGUGCAACUUAUUGGGUGUAGUAGAAGUGAGUGAGUAUGUAACAUAGGUGGUUUCCACCCUGGCAGAUGUUUAACAGUUUGGCCUGGUGUUAUCCUGUUCUCAGUGACUUAUUGCACCCAACUCUGUUUCUCUGCAUACUUAACACAGGUUUCAUAUGUGGUAUAAUUUUAGAAAAACAAGACAUUCAUAUACAGACAAAUACAGUGUUAAAUAUGGAGCUCUGAAAGAGCAUGAAUAGAUUCUCCUACUGGGUACGAUACAGUAGCUUGCAGUAGAUCAGUGCACUCACUGAAAAUAGCUAGAAAAGCAAAUCACAAAAAGCAUCUAUUUAAAUGCAACCUAUUGCCGCAGAAGCAAAGACGAGAGUGGUAAAAUUCAGGAGAGGAGUGAAAGACAGAGAGUACCUGGGCAAUAUGCAGCUGUUUUACCUGGGAGCACUUGCCAGUUCUGGCUACAGGGAGGAACCUGAGUAUUGAGCUUGGCUCAGGCAGAGAGCUAUAGCUUGUUGGGGGGCGUGGUAGGGGGAAGAACAAAAGCCAGAAAAAAACAGAACUAUGGCAGUCAAGCUGGAGUGAAAAUUUUUGGAACAUUAGAGGCUUCAAACACAUAGCCAGUUUCCCAAGAAAUUUUCAGGAGACUGACUCAGCAUGGGGCAGGAGCCCAGAAAACUAAACUGAAGAACGUAAGUAGAUUUUUUUCAGUACUGAGAAAUAAAUAAUUAGUAUUCAAGAACUGCCAGUAGGAUGGGUACUUGGUGAACACACCAUGUUAUCAAUAAAAGCACAAGGUCAUACCAGAGGUAGAUUGUACCUUAUCAAAACUGCAAACAGUACCUGAGUGGUAUUUUAAAAACCUGUCCAGAAAGAAAAUUCUAAGAACAGAUGGCUUUGCUGCAGUUAUUCCAAAUAUUUUUGAAAGAAAUAAUACUAACCUUUUAUAAACUUUUCCAGAGGAAGGAAGAUGGAACUUUUCCAAUUUAUUUUUUGAGUAAAGUGUAACCUUGAUACAAAAACCUGUAAAAGACAUUUCAGGAAAGUAAAGUUACAGACCAAUAUCCUAUGAAUUUAGAUGCAAAAUUCUAAAAUUAAAAAACCCAGCUAUAUCCAUGGGCAAUAUAUCAUUACCAAGUAAUGUUUAUUAGAAGAAUCAAAGGAUGAUUUAUUAUUUAAAAUUCAAUCAAUUUGGCCUCCUAUUCCUCUUCCUUUCACAUUCCCCUUUCCCUGUUGCUCUGUCUGUGUUUCACUCCUGCCUUCUCUUCCCAGAGUGGAUAAGUCAGAACAGGCCUGCCAUGGGGGAUGAGAGACGUGUGAUGAUGUGCCCACUUGCAUCCAGAGUGCUGAGGGCAGAUGGGAGAGCUGGUCAGUAUGGCUGAGAUAUUGGUAACAUUGAGCAAAUAAGAAAAUGUGUUGAGGAUGGUGAGAGCCAGGUUUCUCACUUUUGGAGAAGGAAUUUAUAAAUAUGGAAAGGGGGAAAGUUAGAAAACCCUGGAGUGUUGCAUUGGAAUGUAACUCAUGUCUUUUAAAUACACAGAAAUGGUUAGUUAUAGUAAUGACACUGUGUGUGUGUGUGUGUGUGUGUGUGUGUGUGUGUGUGUGUGUAUUUUAUGGAUCUGUCUACUGAGAGGGCUUAAUACAAUGACACCCCAGUAGUGGUCUAUACACCAAGUGCCAUGUUAUUAAUUUCUAAAUACUAUCCUCCACCAAAAAAAGGGACCAGGUCUCUGGAGUGAUGGCUGAUUCCAGGUCAGAGAUGGGGAGAAAUAGAAGAUGAACCUGAAUCAUCUUAUCUACCAGACAGUAAGAAAAUAUUCAAAGAAACAUGGAGACAUUCAAAAGGACAAAAGAACCAUCUUGGUUCCACUAGCCAAAUUUGAGACAGUUUGAGCAUCAAACUAAAUAAUGAUAACAUCAGAAUACAAAAGACUUAAUAAAAUGGGAAUCUAAUAAUUUAUACUGAAGUAAAUAAAUGCACAAAUCCAUGGAGGAGAAGGGAAAGCUUUUCUUUACAGUAGAAUGCCAACUAUAAAUGUAGGAAGAAUAAUGGGAAAAGGAAAAUGUUCUUUGGCCCCAUCAGAGUGGUAGUUGAUUUGAGAGGUAGUUGCCAGCAUAGGCUAAAGUUUGUGGGUAGAGGUUUGAUGAAGAACAGGUUAUUGACAUAAUCUCCAACUAUCUCCCCACAAAAUACUAAUCAAGUACAAAGGCAAAAGUGGUGAUUUUAUGAUAAACCUGGCAAACAUCAACAUGAUCAGGUGAUCAAAGUUCACCUCACCAAUGGUAGGGAACAUACACCUGAUGAGAUGCACCGAGAAGAGCCAGCAUCAUUUAUGUGGUGGUCUUGCCAAGAAAGUGUGACCAGAGCUUGCUUAUGAGGAAACAUCAGAUGAACCCAUUGGAAAGCUUAUUUUACAGAAUGUAAAGCCUGUAUUCUUUAGAACUAUCAAGAACAUAAAAGGAAGAGACUCAGAGACUGCUCCUGUUUGAAGGAGACUGAAGAUAUUUAAAAAGGAAAAACAGACAUUUUUAGAACAGUUUGCAAAAUUCAGAGUAUCGAUUUUAUGGUAGUGUUUAUCAAUGUUUAUUUCCUGACUUGGAUGAUGGUUGGUUCUGUAGGUUAGUGCCCUUGUUUGGGGAAAAUAUACACUGGAGUAUGUGGGCAUAAGGGAGUCUCAUGUCUGCAGCUUAUUUUCAAAUCCUUUAGAAAAAGGCUAAUAAUAAGUGUGUGUGUGUAUAGAGAUUGCAAGCAAGUGUGCGAGGGACAGAUGGAGGAAAUGCAGUGCCCCGUUGGGAAAAUCUGAGUGAGAGAGCUAUGUGAGUUCUUUGGCACUAUAGUUGUAACAUUUUUAGAAGUUUGAAAUCAUUUCAGAACAAAUAUUUAAAAGUUUAAGUAAAUUGACAUAAUGUACCGUGUUAGAAAAAAUAAGUGAAGCUAUAUGAUUAUCACAAUAGAUGCAGAAAGCAUAUUUGAUAAAACUCUGGGUCCAUUCAUGACUGAAAAACAGAACAAAGCUAAAUGAGAGUAGAAUGAAACAUCAAAAAUAAAACCAACAUACAACAAACAUAAUACUAAGUAGAUAAAUAUCAAAAUAUCUUUUCCUGAUAUUAAUAAUGAAAUGAAUGCUUGUUACUACCACUUAUACUUAACAUUGAACUGAAGGCUCUGGCUAGGUCAGUAAGGCAAAAAAAAAAAAAAAAAGCAUAAAAACUGGGAACAUUGAAGUACAACUUCUUAUUUGCAGGUGAUAUCAUUGUAUACAUAGAAAAGUCAAAGAAAACCUAUGGAGUAGUUAUUAGAAAUAAGUGAGUUUAACAAACUGACUGUAGAAAAAUUGUAUUUUUAUGUAUAAACAGCAAAUAUGAAAAUUAAGUGAUACGAGGACAGUUGUAUCCACCUAGGAUAGAGUAGCAGAGACCAGAUUUACCCUCCUGCCUGAAAAAACCAGGAAAAAAGAAAACUGACAAAAUAGAGGAAGUAAUUGUUUUCAAGUCAGUAGACAUCAGGCAAUAAAGGGCAGUGAUCCCUGCAAGUGAUGGCUAGGUUCACCAUCUUUAUUGCAGUGAUGGUUAUGCACAUUUAUCAAUUUUACCAAGAUGUUCACUUUAAAUACUGUGUUAAAUUCCUGUUAAAUUUACAGUAGCACUAAAACAGUAAGUUCUAGAAGUCCAAAAACUACAUCACAAAAUUCAGAGACAUUAAAAACCAAAAUAAAGGAAAAGUAUCCUUACUGUUUUGAUGACUUUGAAGCCUCAUUUCUCCCCAAAUUGAAUGGUAGAUUCAGUGCAACCCUAAUUGCUAUCCACCGGCAAGUUUUGUUCUUGGAAAUUAACAAGUCUGACUUUAAAAUGUCUAUGCAGAUGCAAUGACCAUAGCUAAGGUGAUCUGAAAAUAGAAAAAUAAAGCUGCAAGAUUUAGAUAGCCAGAUAUGAGGACUGUGGUAUAAGUACAAGGAUGCACAAUGUCUAGAAACAGGCCCAAACAUAUUGAUAUGUGGCAAAGGUGACACUGUAAUAUUGUGGUGAGAAGAUGGUGUUCUUGGUAAAUGAUGUUGGGUUAAUUGGCCCUCAAUAUUCACAAGAGCAAUGUAUUUUGACUAUAACCAUCACCAUACACAAAAAUCAAUUUCAUGUGGAUUAUGCAUCUAAAUGUGAAAGGUAAUACAAUAAUGAUUUUGGAAGAAAAUAUAGGUGAACAUCAUGACCUUAGCUAAGUCACCUUAAACAAGAAACAAAAACAGAGAAUUUGACCACAUUAGAAUUAAGAACUGCUAUUUGUUCAAAAAACAAAAAAACACAAGAGUUAAAAGUCAGCCAUAGACUGGGGGAAGGCAAUUGCAAUGUAUGUAUUUAACCAAGGACUCUUAUACUGCAUUUAUAAAGAACUACAAUAAAAAGUCAGAGGGGCCAGCCCCGUGGCCGAGUGGUUAAGUUUGCACGCUCCACUUCGGUGGUCCAGGGUUUCGCCAGUUUGGAUCCUGGGCACGGAUGUCUCACUGCUUAUCGAGCCGUGCUGGGGUGGUGUCCCACAUGGCACAUCCAGUGGCACUCACAACUAGAAUAUAUAACUAUGUACUGGGGUGCUUUGGGGAGAAGAGGAAGAAGGAAAAAAAAAAGCAGAAAAUUUGAACAUAAUUCACAAAGGUAUAUUUAAAUGGUGAGUAAAUGUAUGAAAAGUUGUUCAGCUUCAUUUGUCAUCAAGAAAAGGCAAAUUAGAACAAAAAUUUAAUACCACUACACACCAGAAUGGUUAAAAUGAUUAAAAUACCAACUGAUGAUGAAGAUAUGAACCAACUGGGACUCAAUACAAGUUUGGUGGGAGUGUAAAUUGUGUGCUUUCGAAAAUAAACUCUGCUAAAGCUGAACAUACUGUAAAUUUUGACUGUGUAAUUCUAGGUAUCUGUCCAACAAAUAUAAAUAUAUGUUGACUGAAAGAAUAUUCAUAAUAGUACUAAUCUCAAUAGCCCAGAAGUAGAAACAGCGCAAAUAUCCACCGACACUAGAAUGAAUACAUAAAUUAUACUCUGUUCAUUCAGUGGUAUACUUUACAGCAUUGGGAAUGAAUGAACUACAAUUGCAUGCAUGCAAAAGAAACACAAAAGAGUACAUGCUAUAUGCUUUUAUUUAAAAAGCAGAUAAAUAUAAGGGAUUAGAAGUUGGGAUGGCGGUUGCCUGGAUGGUGGCAGAUUGCAGGGAUUGACUUGAGGUGGCUCCUCUGGUGCUAAUAGUGUUCUGUUUCUUGAUCUGGAUAUUGAUUGUAGGUGUCUUCGCUUUGCAAAAGUUAUUACUUGUGAAUUUUUAUUUAUACAUAUUCAUGUUUUAGUAUAAAAGUUCCUUAAUAAAAAUCAGAAAGUCGGAAUGUGCUGGCUCUCUGCUUAGAUCCCUCCAAUAACUUCUCAUCUUAAAAACUUAACACAAAUAAGAUGAGUAAUUAGGACAACAGCAGUAAACGUGUGUGAAGAACCCCUUGUGAUAAGUGCUUAUAUAUGUGAGUAUUCUACAUAAUGUAUUUUGUUCUCUUAGCUAUGUGGCAAAUAACAAAGAUUUUCCAUGUUAAAUGCUAACCAGUUUUGCUAAAUUGUUCAAUAUGCAUUUUAAGUGAAAUAAUGUUUCACAAUUUUACCAUACCUCAUACAUAUUCUCUCACAGUUUCCUAGCAUAUAUAAGUGGAUAUAACCAGCGUUUUGUAUGAAAUUUUCAAUAAAGAAUUCAAACGUUG